UGAGUUUCACUUUCAGAUUCUCCGUUCAUGAGCAUCUGAAGUUUGGCUCAGUUACCAGCUAACUGGUUCUAAAAUAAUACACUGACUGCAGUCAAAUCUGGCGGUUGCAGAGAAACACUAACAACAUUUCUUUGUUGUGGGAACUGAGUAAAAGCAAAUGUUCAUUAAGGCAGAUGACAAGCCUGCUAUGUUACUGCAGCGGGCAGGAUAGGACUUCUUUCUAUUCUGUGUGUUUGUGACUGAGAGACUGGUGAAGAGACUGGAAGUGAAAUAAAAAGAGCUCACUAGCAGAGUUUGACGCUGACUGAACCCGCCCAAUCUCCAUCAGAUAACAAACUCUAUGGCAACUGUGAGAUGCUGUUCAUUUCAACAGUAAGUAGGUGGAAACGGUCACCUACUGUCCCAAUGUGUAUUACAUCUACAGCAGCGCACUGGUCAGUAUGCAUGACGCUGCUGCUUGUGAUGCUGCACCACUGAGUCGCGGCUACAACUGGCCAACAGGAAACCGCCAGCAGGAGCUUUAGUUUGGUGUGCUCUAUGCUGAAACCACUGAGUCUGGCCCCAACUUUCCAACAGCAUCAGAAAGAAACUGCCCAGGAAGAGGGAAGUUCUCACAUCCUACUUUUGCUGUAUCAGUCCGAUGCUCAGACAGCAACAAGACAACAUGGAGGCUACAGCUCUCUGCAUCAGACUGUUGACGUUUGUCAUCAUUCUGUCGGGCGCACAUGUUCAGAAGAGCUAUAAUCAAAAAGAUGAUGCAGCUUUUCGUAUUGUUCCAAACAGACUGCAGGUCUUUGAAUACGAGUCUGUCUCUUUCCACUGUGAGGGUCUUGAUGGCUCCACUCAGCUGAGAGGGAUCAGGAGUACUGAGGAGUUUAUUACAUCAUGUGAUGAGAGGAUGCCAGUACUAUCUUGCACUAUUCAAAGAGCCUAUCCAGCAGACAGUGGAGAAUACUGGUGUGAGACUAAAGGAGGAGAGAGGAGCAACAGUGCCAACAUCACUGUCACUGCUGGUUCUGUGAUCCUGGAGAGUCCUGUCCUCCCUGUGAAAGAGGGAAACAACGUGACUCUGCGCUGCAGAAACAAGAUGACUUCCUCCCACCUCACAGCUGAUUUCUACAAAGAUGGCCUCCUCAUGGGGAACAGCUCUACAGGAGAGAUGACUGUCCACGGUGUUUCCAAGUCCGAUGAAGGACUCUACAAGUGCAACAUCUCUGAUGUUGGAGAAUCCCCAGAGAGCUGGUUGGCUGUCAGCGCCCUUUACAGAGAGACUUAUCCCUUCUCGGAUCACUUCUUCUCCGUUCUCCUCCUCUUGAGGGCUGUUUUCACCAUCGUGAUGGUGGCUCUGCUGCUGCUGCUGGUGGGACUACUUCACCGUGGGAAACUCAGAGUUCCACACAAAUAAUAUUCACAUUUGCACCUGUUAAACGUUCUGCUGUUACUGCAUCACCUGCCUUUUUGCUUAGCCUGUCCCAAAAUAUCAGAACAACCUCGAAAGGUUAAAAGCAUUAUACCUGCUAGCAUGUUAGCAUUGUCACUAUGAGCAUGCUAGCAUGCUGACUUUAGCAUAUAGCUCAAAGCACAGCUACGCCUUAUAGUGCAGCCUCACAUGGCUGCUAGCAUGGCUGUAGACCAGUGGUUCCCAACCUCGGUGUCAAACGCCCCACAAGGGGUCAUGAGAUGAUUAACAGGAAGGAAAAGGUUUCUGCUGCACAGAGUCAUGAUAAUUUUUAGAUUUUCCACUAAUUGUUUUUUCUUGUGAAGUACUGGGUCACUUUCCCUCCUCAGGACUCUCAACAUUAUUCAUGUUACGUAUUUUGAUAAAGACGUUUGAGUUAAAUCGGCAGACUUUCAGUGAAAGUUCUGCAUUAGGUGAACAAAGAAAAUUAGCCCAGUAAACAAGAAACACUUAACGAGAAAAUAACAAAGCCGAUUUGGAAGUUCUGCAUUAGAUUUAAUUUCAUUUAUUCUUAUUGUUAUUAUUUUGAUAAACAAAAGAAAAAUAAGCUCCAUAUAUAAGAAAGACUUAAAUCAGCAGAUUUGCGACGAAGGUUCUGACUUGGAUAUUUUGGUAAAAAACAUAAGCAGAGAUUUGUAAUUUCACAAAUACACAAAGAAAAAAUAAGUUUUUAGUUGAACUGGUCUCAGCUGGUAGACUUCUGCAGGCGCUUAUUCAGAGUCACAAGAAGACUUUGCUUCAGUUUAACGGGUUUAAAUUCAAAACGGUUGGGAACCACUGCUGUAGACUCUUAGACUCUUUUGUUUCGUAACCAAGGAUCAUUAAUGUUAACUAAACUGUGAUGGAUCAUGUAAAUGUAAACUGUUACCAAAUAUUGGGCUCUACUGAGCCAAAUAAAAGGAAGACACAUCAGAUGUUUUUGGGGAAAACUGAAUUUUAUCCAAUGAGUGGUUUUAAGUUAACAAAAGUUUGUCAGCAAAACUAACUUUGCGAAACAUCAAAGAAUGUACAAAUAUCACUCUAUAAAUACAAAAUUAAAUCUGUAUUCAUAAACUGUAAAGCUGCAUCUCACAGGACAAAUUAAAAAACAUAUUUGGAAGUUGAUAUUUGUCAAAGCAAAUACUGUCAAAAAUGAACAUCAGCAUCUGGACUCUUGAAAACACUUGGAGUUCCACAGGGUUGAACUCAAACAUGUACAGUAUUUAUGCUUUUUGUCUGGUCAUUACAGAACAGAGGAGCAGGGAAUCCUAAACUGAUUACAAACAACACAAAACGUACAAUAACAUAAAAUAUCUUUACUGUCAAGAAGAUCCAGAAGACGGCUGUGACGUUACUGUAAAUGUACAUGUGUGAAGCUCUUUGUGAAGAUCGCAUUUUAAUAUAAAUAUUCAAUCCAGCAAAAAUACAAAAUAAAAGCUCCAGAGUUAUGUUAGCCCACAUUUUGGUUUGGAGAUGGAUUUAUUUGACCGUUUGUCUUUGUGCUGCAGCAGGGGAGGACUCGCACACAGAGAACAAAGAGGUUCAGACUGGAGUCUUGAUUUGAAGUAUUUCUAUUCAGUACAUUACAGGGCUGGACAGACAGUGAGGAAAUGUGCAAGAGUGCAGAAGUGCAAACGCUUCAGUCCUCAGUGCAAAAUGAAGCAUGCAUGGUGAGUCAGCAGGUCACGUCAUUACAAACACAUCAGAAUAAUAUAAUUCCACAGCAGAGACACAUCCUCAUACACGUACUGAUAUAUAUACACAAACAGGUGUUAGCGUGUACACUGGGAAUGGGACCCACGGCUACAGACAGUGGAGU